UUUUUUUUACUUACUUUAGUUCUUUAGUUUUGGGAAAAUAAAUAGGGGGUACUUCUUUUCUUUCAUAUUGGGUGUCAAAUGGAUCCUGUAAGAAUUCCCACUUCAUAGAUACGGGGUAUAAAGUUUAUCCAAAAAGUUCCAAUUUCAAAACACAUAUUCAAAACACAUAUGAGUAAUGAGUAGUAGGGGCAUAUCCUGAAUGUGCCUGAUAGACAAAAAUUUUUCAUGAAAAUAAAGAUAUUAAAUUUGACUGGACUUGACACUUUAUUUUUUGUUUUCUGAGAAAGAAAAAAAUGCUUAGAAAUGCAUCUAAUCUACGAGUUCAUAAGAGAUAAUUAUUCUCUUUAAUAAACUUUUGUGUCGUGCAGGGCACAAUACGAUUCUAUCUUUCGCUUCAUCAGAAAAAAUCUGGGACGAAAGGAUUCGAACCUCCGAGUAACGGGACCAAAACCCGCUGCCUUACCACUUGGCCACGCCCCAUGUCAUUUCGUUUUAUGAAACACUAAUAAACACUAUUAUUUUUAUAUAUUAUUCGUCAAUCCCACUUCAAUUACCUAAAAAAUGAGGGAUAUUUUCUUGCUAGGAUUCUAGACAUGCAGAUAAUAUAGAAUCCAAAAAAUGCAUUGAUCAUUACAUGGAAUUCUAUUAAGAUAUUAUAUGAAAGUCGAAUUUCUUCCAUUCUCAUUUGAGAAUGCGAAUACAAGGAGGUAUUUUGUGUUUGGGAAAGUCCGAAGAAAAAAGGAUUUGGAAUCUACCUUUUCUUUUGCUUUUUCCCUUAUAAAAAUAACUCAAUCAAAAUCCAAUUAUCUACUCUACAAGAAUGAAAUGCUUGUUAUGCCUAAUAUACUUAGUUUAACCUGUAUCUGUUUUAAUUCUGUUCUUUGUCCGACUAGCUUUUUCUUCGCCAAAUUACCCGAAGCUUAUGCCAUUUUCAACCCAAUCGUGGAUGUUAUGCCUGUCAUACCUGUACUCUUUUUUCUAUUAGCGUUUGUUUGGCAAGCUGCUGUAAGUUUUCGAUGAAAUCUUUACUAUUCUGCCUGCCAAAUUGAAUGAUGUAUUCAUUCCAAAAAAAAAAAUGGAUAAGAGCCGAGAAGUCUUAUAUUAUGAACCUUCGAUUCUAAAAUGAAAAUUCUUCUACAUUGAAUGUAUAGCUGCAGCAAUAAAUUUUGAUCAGCCUUUCUACCCCCUGCGCCUACGUUGAACAGGUACCUUUAGGUACCCACACAAUACCUAAACUAAUUUUUGAUAUUGAUAAGAGUGCUUAUUAUAAAGCAAUUCUUGCAAUUUUUUUAAGAAUUGAUUUUUGCAUUUUUAGGUGUCAAAAUAAAGAAAACCCAUCCUAGUGGAUCCGUGUGGUAAGGAAAAAUGGGUAAUCUAUUCCUUAACAAAAAAAAUUUUGGAGAUUAUGUAAUGCUUACUCUCAAACUUUUUGUUUAUACAGUAGUGAUAUUCUUUGUUUCCCUCUUUAUCUUUGGAUUCUUAUCUAAUGACCCAGGACGUAAUCCUGGGCGUGAGGAGUAAAAAUCAAAAAUUUUUUGGAAUUUUUUCUUAUAAAUUUAAAUUGGAUUUAUUUCGUACAUUUAUUUAUGAGAAAAUCCGGGGGUCAGAAUUCCUUACAAUUCGAAAGUCCCAAAUGAUCCGAGGGGGCGGAAAGAGAGGGAUUCGAACCCUCGGUACAAAAAAAUUGUACAACGGAUUAGCAAUCCGCCGCUUUAGUCCACUCAGCCAUCUCUCCCCGUUCCAAAUCGAAAGGUUUUCAUGAUAUGGCAGAGGCAAGAAAUAACGAUUGUCAAAAAUCCUUCCUUUUUCUUUCAUUUCAAAAGUGCAUAAAAAUUAUAUUGCCAAUUCCAUUUUAAUUAUAUUCUUUUUUCUUAAUGUUAAUAAAAAAAAGAAGAAAAUUCUGGUUUUUUCUUUCCAAAAUUCGAUAUAGGCUGAAAGACAAUCAGAUCUUUUUUCUCUUCAGCGGGCAGUUCCAUAUAGAAUUUGUUAGAAUAAAACAAGCGGGUUAAAAAAAAAAACUCUUUUUUUUUAUUUAUCCACAAAGCAAAAAAGGUUCUUAUCAAACCCACAAUAAAAUGGGAAAGAAAGAUAAAGUAAGUAGACCUGACCCCUUGAAUAAUGCCUCUAUCUGCUAUUCUGAUAUAUAAAUUCGAUGUGGAUGAAAUUGGUGUAUAAGCGCAUUUUUGUAUUUCCUUAGACUUAGAUCGCGCAAGGCAAGAAUUUUUCGCUAUUUACGAUUUCAUAUUCUUGUUACUAGACGUUCUAUAGGAAUAAGAAGAAAUCGCAACUCUUUUCCGUUACACAUAAUAAAUAAAGGGUUUCAAAAGUCAAUUUUUCUUUUCAAUAUCUUUCUUUUUUUUUUCAGAAUUCCAUUUUUGUUCUUCCACCCAUGCAAUAGAGAGCGAAUGAGAAAAGAGGGGUUUUCCCUUAAAAAAUGGGCUUUGAAAUAGAAAUCAUGGAAUAAUGCUGAAUUCAAAUGUUUAUUUCUUUAUUUCUUUUCUAUAGUAUAAGAAAAAUGAAUUAAAUGAAAUUUGUGGAUUUAGCACGACCUGGGUUGUGACCCCAUAGAUAAAAAUGCAAAAUUUCUAUCUUCGAGACGACUGAAAAAGGGCAUUGAACGAGAAAGAAAUCGUCCACAGAUAAUCAAACUAUCGUAUGCCCUGGAAGUAAUAUGAGGUGCUCGAAAAUGGUUGAAGUAAUUGAAUAGGAGGAUCACUAUGACUAUAGCCGUUGGUAGAGUUACUAAAGAAGAAAACGAUCUAUUUGAUAUUAUGGACGACUGGUUACGAAGGGACCGUUUCGUUUUUGUAGGAUGGUCCGGCUUAUUGCUCUUUCCUUGUGCUUAUUUCGCUUUAGGGGGUUGGUUUACAGGGACUACUUUUGUAACUUCUUGGUAUACCCAUGGAUUGGCUAGUUCCUAUUUGGAAGGUUGCAAUUUCUUAACCGCGGCGGUUUCCACACCUGCCAAUAGUUUAGCACACUCUUUGUUGCUACUAUGGGGACCGGAAGCACAGGGAGAUUUUACUCGUUGGUGUCAAUUAGGUGGUCUUUGGACUUUUGUCGCUCUCCAUGGAGCUUUUGCACUAAUAGGUUUCAUGCUACGUCAAUUUGAACUUGCUCGGUCUGUUCAAUUGCGGCCUUAUAAUGCAAUUUCAUUCUCUGGUCCAAUCGCUGUUUUUGUUUCCGUAUUCCUUAUUUAUCCACUGGGACAAUCUGGUUGGUUCUUUGCGCCGAGUUUUGGCGUAGCAGCUAUAUUUCGGUUCAUCCUUUUCUUCCAAGGAUUUCAUAAUUGGACGUUGAACCCAUUUCAUAUGAUGGGAGUUGCCGGAGUAUUAGGCGCAGCUCUGCUAUGCGCUAUCCACGGGGCUACCGUAGAAAACACUCUAUUCGAAGAUGGCGAUGGUGCAAAUACCUUCCGUGCUUUUAACCCAACUCAAGCUGAAGAAACUUAUUCAAUGGUCACUGCUAACCGCUUUUGGUCCCAAAUCUUUGGUGUUGCUUUUUCCAAUAAACGUUGGUUACAUUUCUUUAUGCUAUUUGUACCCGUCACCGGUUUAUGGAUGAGUGCUAUUGGCGUAGUUGGUCUGGCUCUGAACCUACGUGCCUAUGACUUCGUUUCCCAGGAAAUCCGUGCAGCGGAAGAUCCUGAAUUUGAGACUUUCUACACCAAAAAUAUUCUUUUAAACGAGGGUAUUCGUGCGUGGAUGGCAGCUCAGGAUCAGCCUCAUGAAAAUCUUAUAUUCCCUGAGGAGGUUCUACCACGUGGAAACGCUCUUUAAUGGAACUUUCGUUUUAGCUGGUCGUGACCAAGAAACCACCGGCUUUGCUUGGUGGGCUGGGAAUGCCAGACUUAUCAAUUUGUCCGGUAAACUACUUGGAGCUCAUGUAGCC